AUGCCUCGAAUCCAUACAUUAUCAGAUAUAGGUGAAUGCAAAAAACUUGGAGACAUACCAUCAAACCGAUAUCCGCCUAGUCGAACGGAACUUGAAAACCAGCUUGCUUGUGCAAAUCGAGAUCGAGAAAUUGCUAUAGAGUGUGGCAAUCGACUUGCCAAUAAAUGUUCUGUCUUAGAUAAAGACAAUAAGCGCAUACAACGUAAUCUAAAACAAUCUAAUAAUGAUAAAGAGAAACUCUCCAAGCAUAGCUACCAGCUUAUAAAUGAGGUUAAGCGAUUGAGCUCAGAGUUAGAUAGUCUAAUAUCUCAAAUUACCCACAAAGAUAUUUCUCUUAAUGAAUCUAAAAUUAAGAUAAAAGAUCUUCAGUCUAAGAUAAAAAUAUUGGAAACGAAACUAUCUUCAACUCAGAACGAAUCAAAGGAAAUUACAGCACUUCGGUCUAUGAAAAAAAUAUUAGAAGAAAUUAGAGAAUCACGGGGGAAAGUACCAAAUGCAUCAAAGAGAAUGGCAAAAAAAUUUCGUAUUGGUGCUCGUCGUGUUUAUGAAAUAUGGGAACAUAAAGAGCGUCUUCAACAGGGCCUUGAUAAUUGGGACGAUUCUCCACCUUCUGAUUCUCAUAACAAGAAACUUUCAGCCAUAGAAAUAUCGAUUAAUGAAGCAAGUACUAAAGUUGCUAAAAAUAUAAAAUCCAAGCCCAAGCUUAUUCAUAAUUCUGAUCAAUUUUUCAUUAGUAAAGAUUCAUUCAAUAAGAUGAAUAAAAUAUUAGAAACAAAAAAAGAAACUAUCCCGCCUGAAAUUUCUCAAAAAACUGAAGAUCCUUUGAAACUCUUUAAAAGAACACAAAAAGAUGCUAAAAAAAGUAGAGCAGUUGCGCGUGCUGAUAUUUUUAAACUAUCUACUCUUAAUUCGAAAGUAUAG